AUGAGUCAAAUUCGAGAAUUUUUUAAGAUUAAUGGUCCAAAUGGUAUUGAUCAUCUUGAUGCUAUUGGUUUUGUUAUACAAAAUUCUGUUAAUCGAUUAACUCCAACACAAAAAUAUAUCUUUGAAUCAAUUUUAUCUAUAUUUGGUAAUGAUGUUUCAUCAAAUAUGUUUUCUAUAAUAACAUUUGCUGAUGGACAAGUUCCACCUGUACUUAAAGCAAUCGAAGAAGUAAAUGUUCCAUCAAUAAAACAUUUUAAAUUUAAUAACUCGGCAUUGUUUGCUAAAAAUAAAGUGAAUGAUGAUGAAGAGAAUAUAAAUAUCGAUGAAAUGUUCUGGAAAAUUGGUAUUUCAAGUUUGAAAAACUUUUUUAAUGAGCUUUCAAAAGUUGAAGCAAUAAGUUUGACAUUAACAAAAGAAGUGUUAAAUGAACGACAGCGAUUGGAAGUAUAUGUUCAAGGUAUUCAACAGCAAAUGCAAAUUGCACUCGGCAAAUUGGAAGAACUAAAACAGGAAAUGCAAGUUUUCAAAGAACAUAGCAAUAAUAUAUUAAAAAAUGAGCUGUUUACUUAUACAAUAUCCGUGACGAAGCAACACAAAGUAGAUUUACCAAAAGGUACAUAUGUUACAAAUUGUCUUCGAUGUAAUUAUACUUGUCAUUAUCCGUGUGGUAUAGUGAAAGAUGAAGAAAAAUAUCGUUGUGAUGCGAUGAAUAGGAAAGAUCCUCAAAAUGCACAAUGUACUGUUUGUCCAGAUAAGUGCAGUUGGAAUUCACAUAUUAAUAAUUGCUAUUGUUAUACAUUAUAUCAAGAAGAUGAAAUUAGAACAAACGAAGAUAUGAGACAACGAUAUCUUGCAGCAAAGACGGAUAGUGAAACAAUACAAAAUAUAUGCGAAGGAUUGAAAAAUGAUUUUAGGAAAACCAAAAUCAAAGUCUAUGGUAUGAUUAAUUGUGCACGAGAAGCUAUUGUGCGGCUAGAUCAAAUCGCACUAAAACCCAAUCCAUUAACCAUUGUUAAUUAUAUAGAUCUAAUCAUUGAAUCAGAAGAACAAGAGGCCAAGCAUGGAUGGAAACAACGUAUAGAACAUUUAACCGAAGCCAAGAAAGGUGCUGGACUUAUACAACACAUAAAGGAUGAAGAAUAUGGUGAUAUACUUCUUCAGUUAGGGGAUUUGGAUUAUCAUGACAAUGAAUAA